CUUGUGCACACCAACAGGAAGAUCAUUAUGAGCCUCUAUAACGGUGAUUACGCAGUGAACUUUCAUUGAACAGAAACGCGCUCGUUACCCGUUCUUGUGCAACAAGCACGGCUGCCCUAAUGUUGGCCAGUUUUGCCUGGUUUGUUUGUCUGAAUAGGACACAGUCUAUCUCCUGUCUGCCUAAAUGCGAUUCAUUGUUGGUAUGCAACAUUUCGCGAAGAACAAACAUUGAGGCAGCCACCAACUAUAACCUAACAAGGUGCUGCUAUUGGACACAUCGUCUAGCAGCGAAGAUGAGGUUGAUAUUAAGUGGCGACUGCAAUCGAGCUUUCUUAUGUCUUGAGAUGAAGGCACUCUGCAUCUGUGAUGUAUACAUAUGCUCACACAGCGGGGAACUAUACCAUGAUCAGUGGAUGGCGUACUUCAAGGGUGAAGUCCUGGGGAACGCCGCACGGGAACCUGCCAGGAAAUCAUAUACACACUGGUCAACCAUAGAGUGAGAGAGGCUUCUCAUGAAAGCAGUGAGAUUUACUGCUAGUCGAGGAGGAAGCUCAUGCGUCAGUUGUUUCCAAUUGCCAAUUAUGACCUAGUAGUGUUAUGCUAAAUUUCCGAUGGCAUUUCACUCUAUAGGCACGGUGUAAGCAUUCAUGCCAUGGCUUUGAGAUAGACAGCUUUUGAUCAUGCAGCUCUACC